CUUGUCGUUUCUGACGUCGCAUCUGCCAGUUUCGCUUGUCGGUUGAGUUCCAGUCAACGUUUCCUCUGUUUUCAUCCAUUGGCAAGCGAUGGCGUGGACGUCACAGACCCAGUUGCCCUUCUUCGUCCUGAUUUUGGGCAUUCACGCCGUUGUGGUGCAUCCGCUGUAUCACAGCAAGGCCAUCGACCGCAACAGCAAUGACCCCUUCCCGCACAGCCAGUGGGUAGAGGAGGUCAACGAAAUCAUCGAGAGCGCCGUGCGAAAGGUGCCUCGUGCGGCGAUGGCGGGGCAGCAAGGGGGUAGCAGCAGCAGCAGCAGCAAGAAGAAACGACCGAGUGUGAACCUCGCCAACCAAGACCACACGUGUGCGCCACUUACGGCUGCAACAACAAGGUGGGGUCGGGUCGGUGCAAGGUCUGCCACUGUUGCGGGAAGGCGGUGUGCAAGAUGCACGGGAACGGGCACCACUACACCAACAACGAGGUGGUCGGCAUGAUACUCAACAAGAUGAAGAAGAUGGGAAUGAUGAGCGAGGAGAACUUCGUGUGCCUCAACUGUGUUAAGGUCAAGUUCGUCCAGGGUGUGAAGGCUCACUAAGUUGCCCAUCCAUGGCCUGUCUUGCCCAUUCGAUGGAUGGAUUAGUUGUGAGCGCGAGUUCACACCCUGGCCGACCUGCUCUUUUCUUGAUGGAUGGAUGAAUAUGAGAGAGGCCAGCUCUCUGCUUCUCUCUCUCUCCCUCUCUCUCUCUCUCUCUCUUAUGCGGCUUGCCCAUCUCUUUUGAGUGUCAGCCAACACAGACCGGUUGAGUGCACAUUUCCCGUUGGACAAAGGUCACUGUGCGCGUGUGUGUGGAGGGGGGGGAGGGAUUCAUUGCAUUCCAUUCCAUCGCUUGGUGGACGCGUGUGUGUGUGGACCACGCAAUGAAAUGGAAUGCAAUGAAUCCCUCCCCCCCCCUCCACACCAGCCACACCGACAGAGACAGACAGACAGACAGACAAAUGCGCGAUAUCAAAGACGGACGGGGGACAUUUCGAUGAGGGACAGUGGACGGACCUGUAUGUCUUCAUGUGGGCGGGGGAUCCAUUGCAUUCCAUUUGGUUGUGUGGUGUGGUGUGGUGUGGUGUGGUGUGGUGCACCGUCCCUGGUGCCUGCUGGCUGGCUGGUAGCUGACGUGCCCUUUUCGGCCUACACGUAAAGGUGUGCUGAAACACACAACACACACAGAGACAGCCAAUACGCACACCCAUUGAUGUGUGCGUGUGGUGUAUAUUUGUUUCUUUCAGUUUCUGAUGCGUCUUCGCGAUCUGCAUCGAUGAGCGAGGCCUCGGUUGGACACGCCGCACACGCGAUGCUCUAAACUGCGAGCUCCCUCCUUCCCCCGUUCGCCGAAAAGUGCCG